AUGCAAACGACUUCCAUAAUCUUUGCUGUGCUUGUGCUAAAACUAUAUCAAAUCGAUGGAAAUGUGCUACCUACUGAGACAACCAUAGCUGGAUCUCAAUCGAAACAAUUAAGCGGAAGAAAAGGUCUUACAUUUAUCAAAUGGGACCAUUUGGUUCCAUACGGUAUUGAUCUUGUCGGUUGUCGAGAUUGGUACAAUCCAAAUGGGUUUAAUUGUGACCCGUAUCGUGGUGAUACAGAUUGCAAUGAACAACGAACUGUACUUUGUGCCAAGAUAGACAAUUCGCCUCGUCCACCAUAUCUUGUAUUAGGCAAUGGUGCAGCUAUGCCUGCUGCCUUUUACGUUGGUUGGACUCUUGGGCAUAUUUCAACUACAUUACCAGUAGCAGGCUCUAGCUUUAGAAAUCGAGCAGCAGUCGAUGCAUACUGUGCUCAGUAUUUCGGUAAUACUGGUUGGCGUGUAGCUACAUUCCAUAAUGGGAAGGUUAUCCGAAACAUUAAUGGAACCACGUAUGCUGGAGAGAGUUGGACAACUAAUGCGAGUCGAAUGGAAAUUGGUGGUUGGUCCUACUAUGCAUUUGGGAAUGUUCGAAAUGAUGUACGUUCCUGGGUACACAUUACAGAUCAACCAGCAAACUGCUGGAGCAAUUAA